CUGCAGAUAAAACAGGAAUCAGAACCUCUGGAGAUAAAACAGGAACCAGAACCUCUGCAGAUAAAACAGGAAUCAGAACCUCUGGAGAUAAAACAGGAACCAGAACCUCUGGAGAUUAAACAGGAACCAGAACCUCUGGAGAUAAAACAGGAACCAGAACCUCUGGAGACAAAACAGGAACCAGAACUUCUGCAGAUAAAACAGGAAACAGAACCUCUGGAGAUAAAACAGGAACCAGAACCAGAACAUCAACAGCUCAAAGAGGAAGAGAAGCAACUUGGCAUCAGUCAUGAUCAAGAGCAGCUUUUUCUGAAUCAGGAGACUGAUCACAUUUUGGUGAAUCCUCUUAAUUUUCUAAUGAUCCACAAUGAAACAGAACCACAGAGGAACCAACUCAUCUCUCAUGGCUCUGCUGAGGAUGAGAACCAGAAUCAGGAAGGAAGAAAUUCUGAAGACCCAGGAAAAAAGAGAGAUGAAGAACAGAAACAAAAUGAGAAAUUUGAAAACCAAGCAGCGGAAAGGUAAAACUAAAAGUUCAAAACAAAAAAAAUACAAGAAAGAUCACCUACAACAAAAACUAUAUUCUUGUCAAAUCUGUGAUGAAGCCUUUUCUCAAAGCGGUUUGUUGACCACACACAUGAGAACUCACACUGACAAGAACCCUUUCACAUGUUCAGCCUGUGGAAAAAGUUUCACACGCAAAUCAAACUUAGUUCGUCACAUGAUCAUUCAUACAGGUGAGAGGCCUUUUUCGUGCAGGACUUGUGGAAAAAGUUUCCAAAGUAAAAGCAGUUUAGCUAGACACAUGAUAGUUCAUACAGGUGAGAAGGCUUUCUCAUGUAGUACUUGUGGGAAAGGUUUCUAUCAAAAAUUCCAUUUAAGUAGUCAUGUGAAGAUUCAUACAGGAGAGAAACCUUUCUCAUGUGGGACUUGUGGAAAAUGUUUCUAUCAAAAGAGACAUUUAACUAGACACAUGAUAGUUCAUACAGGUGAGAAGGCUUUCUCAUGUAGUACUUGUGGGAAAGGUUUCUAUCAAAAAUUCCAUUUAAGUAGUCAUAUGAAGAUUCAUACAGAUGAGAAACCUUUCUCAUGUGGGACUUGUGGAAAACAUUUCCGUUAUAAAAGCAGUUUAAUUAGUCACAUGAGGACUCAUACAGGUGAGAAACAUUUGUCAUGUGGGACUUGUGGCAAAAGCUUCCUUUGUAAGAGUAAUUUAACCAGACACAUGAUGAUUCAUACACAUGAGAAUCCUUUCUCAUGUGGGACUUGUGGAAAAAGUUUCUGUCAAAAAAGUCAUUUAACUAGCCACGCCAGGACUCAUACAGGUGAAAGCCGUUCUUGUGUGGGAUAUGUGGAAAAGGUUUCUCUCAAAAAGGCAAAUUAUCUGUUCACAUGACAACUCAUACACGUGGUGUUUCUCAUGUGCAACCUUUGGAAAAGGCUUCCUUCUAAGUUCCAAGUGUUAACAUGGGAACUCAUAGAGGUGGAACGGCAUAAACAGAACCUCACGUACCAAGAUUUUCAGUGAGAUAUUGUUUGAAAGCAGAGUAAUUACAACAGGAUCACAUUUUCACAGUGUAGCAGCUUAAAUAUGAAAUCAUCUCAUAUAGGACAUUCAUCUAAAAUGCCGAUCAUUUCACUUUUUUCUUUUUAUGUAGAAUGGUUUUUAAGUGACAUUAAUUCUUGCAAAGUUUUUUGUUUUUGUCUAGUGAGAUUUUAAUAGUCUAAUUAUUGUCUCUUUAAAGAAUCCACGAUUAGUUGAGCAUGUGUUUUCAUUUAUCUGUAUUUGUUUGA